AUGACGUCGACCUCCUCCUCCUCCUCCUCUUCGAGCACGAGCGGGCGACGGUCCCCACCACUGCCGUCCCUGCCACCACUCCCCUCAGCUCUGCCGCACCACCACCCGUACCCGACCCUGCAGCCCGUCGGGCUCGCACCACCUCCCACCAACUUCUUCCCUUCUCCGCCGCCACCAGUCCUGCACCACCCGCACGCGCUCAGCGGCGGCGCGACCACUUCUCCUUCACCUUCUCCUUCGACGCCGUCGCCCGUGAACGCCUUCCUGCCCGCUCCUACUCGCUUCGGAGUCGCUGCGCCUCUGAGUCCGCCGUCGGCCCAGCUCCAGGGCCAUCGCCUACCGCUCCCCUCCAUCCCGGGUGCGGCUGCCGCCACGAUCAACGUCGUCGACGAGGAGGACGCGCUGCGGCUUCGACGCGAGGUCCACCUCCAGCGCCAACGCAAGCUGCUACUCGACCUGCUCAAGGAAAAGCAAAAAGAAAUCGAUGGAAAAUGGACCCUAAACGGUCAUGAUGACGUCAUCGACGGAUUUGUUGUCGACGAGCGUCGCACCCCAGCCAAGGCCAACGGUGGCUGGCGACGACGACCUGGCGGCGCCAUGUCGAUCGACGACGGACUGGACGGCAUGGUGGAAGACGGCGUCGACGGCCUGGUCGAAGUCGGCUUUAAGGGAAUGCCGGCCAGGCCUCGCCGAGCGAGUCAUCACCGCGCCUCUUCGCCGUCGGGAGCCUAUAACCCAGCAAACCGCCAGCGCGGCUCGUGGACGUCGACGGGCUCGAGCCACCACCACCACCACCGGACCAACGGCCAUCACCACCCUCACGGCAGUGUAAAUAACCCCAACGCCAACGCGUACAGGCGGGCCGCGAGGGAGCAGAGCCUGUCGCUCGUCAGCCACGGCGGCGGCCUCAACGAGCUCGACGAGGACGACGAAGCCUCGUCGCCGCCCGAGCUCACGCGGCUCUACGGCGGCUCGAACCACCACCAGCAGCUCGAUGAAUCGGCGCGAAGGCGGCGGCGACACAGCACCCGAGUGACGCCACCAUCGACCGCCUCCGCGGGUCUGGCCGAGAAGCCGGUCGCGUCCGAGAGUCGGCGCGAGGAGCAGGAGGAAGGCGAUCUCGAUGGCGAGUGGCCCGACGUGGGCGACACGGCCCAGUUUCGCUCGUCGAUGCCACCGCUGCCCUCGCACCUGCGCCGACCCAGCCUCGGCUCGCCCUCCUCGGCGGAUGCUUCUACGUCGACGACCAACGCCGGCACCAACGGCGAUAACUUUGCUGGCCACAGCGCCGCCGCCGCCGCGGCUGCCGCCGAGGACUGCGCGCGGAAGCGUGCGUCGCCCGAGCAGAUGCAGAUGCUCCAGCAGAUCUUGUCCUUCUACGAGCAGAGCCCACAGAAGAUCCAGGAGCUAGAGCGCAGCGCCGUGGUGCCGAUCCGCCGCCGGAAGCGAAGGAACGACGGCAGCGCCGCCAACGGCACCUGCGCCACUCCUUCGGCCGCGUCGCCUUCGUCGACGCUGGCUGUCGCGCAGCAGGCCCGAGAGGGCGAAGGCUCAGGCUCAGGCUCGGGCUCGGGCUCAGACGAUUCCUCCGGUGCGCGCAAGCGACGUCGGCGGGACCGCGAGGUGCUCAUCUUCCACCACAUGAAGGUGCAGGACGACGGCAAGAUGAUGGUCACCCAGCGCUCCUGA